AUGCUCCAUCGCGCCUUUUGUCUCUUGCCCACCAGCCCCGUCGCCGCUGUGGCCACUACUCCCGCCUACGCUGCUGGUCGAGCUUGGGCACGUCAUACCCGGACUACCGUCUCAGUCGUGGUUGGCACCCGUUAUCGAAAACUGACGAGAACGGCAUCUAAGUCUACAUAUAAGCGGAAUAUCGCGGUCGCCACAGCGCCUGCCAAGUCUAGCUCUAAUUUAGCUUUGACAUCUAACGAUGUUGAAGACCUCAAUCGGUUAUCUGACUGGAAAGUGGCCGGUUUUCGACGAACCCCGCAUUUAGCUGGUAAUCCCAGCUGUCCUACAGAUGACCAGUUGUACAAGGACUGCACUCUCAAUGUCACAUAUUUUGAUCCCGACUCAUUCGCAGACUGGGACUUUGAUUCAAUUCCGGGGGUAUCUUCCCAGCCAAGGGAGAUAACUCCUGCCCAUAUUCCAAGGACAAGGCCACCGCGGCCAGGACAACCAUCGUCGAUUAUCACGAAUGCUGUUUCAGUCUCGCCUGCUGGACCGUCCUUCCGCCUAUCGCGGCCCACAACGCGGUAUGCUUUGCGGAAGAACCUCAUCUAUCUCGUUUCAAUUUGCAGACCUACCCCCAGCCUUCCUGUGCUCGUGGACUAUCACGCACUAUAUCCUGACUUGCAAACCACUUGGUCUUACAAUCUACUCAUCGCCCUUGCUCUCCGCCACGUAUCUUUUGGCGUCACACAGAUGUUGUUUACUGAAAUGCGCAGGAGCAAGAUAAAGGGAAAUUUCGAAACUUGGAAAUUGCAAGUCCGGUCGCUGAUACAAGCUGGCUUUUGGGACAGGGCUUGGCGCCAGGUCAUGGAGACCACUAACAGUCCCAUUCCAGGCAACUCACGACCACGCCAUGAAAUGCCUUUGCCCAUCUGGCUGGAGUUCUGUAGGUCUCUGAGAAAGGGCAUUCUCAGGAAGCCACCGAAAGCUCGCUGGAUCGUUAAUGAGCAACGGGAGGUCGUGCGAAAUGCAGCAGCGGAAACGGUUACUGAAGGACCCGAUACUUUGCUCCUAUAUCGUGCCCGUCAACGAUUGCUUUUUCGACAUCGCCCUACCCACAUGCCAGAUUUAGCCACUACACAUCCGAACACUAUCUAUCACAUUGUUUACCUUCUGUUGCAGUCCCAACAGGGAGAUAGAGCGUUAUUGCUCACGACCUCUUACCUCCGCGCUCUGCCUCGAAAGCUGAGGAAGAAAACCGCCAUGAGGUGUCUAGACAUUAUUCACCUCCAUAUAACGUUUAACCGGACCACAAAGGGGUUACGCAAGCUUUACGAGACGCAGCAGACUUUGAAUACUCUCCUGAAGCUACACCGCUCUCUGCGCCCCACGUCCUCUACACUCUUUUUACUUCUUUCCACUUUACGUCACGCUAAACGCUGCGGAACCGUGGCUAAUAAUGUUGUAAGGGCUUUCAAGCUGGAAUGGGGCCCUCAAGUAGAGGAUGGACGCGUCCGACGUCGUUUGGUGACACUCGCGCUUAAAGAAGGUCGCCGCGACCUUGUAAAGCACAUUGGGAAAUUAGAGACAGAGGCUUGUCGGGCAACCAGGUCGUGGACGUUUGAGAGGGAAGUUCUGGGUGGAACGCAGCGUUGGCCAUUCAAACGGGUUUUCCGAUAUCCUGGGAGAAAACUGUUUGUCAAGAAUGGAAAGGAAAGGCGUUUGUGGCACCGGGUUCAGAAACGAGCAUGGCUGAAAAUGGGGGUGAAAAUCAAAUAA